AUAUUAUUGGGUCAGCCAUUUGGUUCUAUCCCGUUCAAUAAAACACCCAAAUCAAGCCCUUCUUCUGCGCUAGGGUUUCAGGUGUGUGUUGAAGAUGUCAAGAGUCUAUGUUGGAAAUCUGGACCCUAGGGUCAGUGAAAGAGAGCUUGAGGAUGAAUUCCGCAUCUUUGGAGUUAUAAGAAGUGUUUGGGUUGCAAGACGCCCCCCUGGCUAUGCUUUUAUUGAUUUUGAUGAUCGACGGGAUGCACAAGAUGCAAUCAAAGAGCUAGAUGGUAAGAAUGGAUGGAGGGUGGAGCUUUCACAUAAUUCUAGAGGAGGAGGUGGUGGGGGCCGUGGAGGGGGUCGAGGUCGGUCUGGAGGUUCUGAUUUGAAGUGCUAUGAAUGUGGUGAGUCAGGUCAUUUUGCUCGUGAGUGCAGAACGCGUGUAGGUCCGGGAGCGGGAAGACGUAGAAGUCGGAGCCCUCCUAGAUACCGCAGGAGCCCAAGUUAUGGUCGUAGGAGUUACAGUCCUCGAGGGCGUUCACCUAGGCGCCGAAGCCCGUCACCACGUGGUCGCAGCUAUAGCCGUUCUCCAUAUCGCGGCCGAGAUGAAGCUCCAUAUGUUAAUGGAAACGGACUUAGAGAGCGUCACAGAAGCCGAAGCUGAAUGAUAGAGAUGAUAGCCUGACAUGUCCAGGAGUUUUUCGAUUUGUGUUACUAUCCUUGACUUAAUCACAGCUGUGUAAGUGGGGCCAUGCCCUCAGCUUAAAGUGGUGGUUUUGGUUAAGUUUAAGUUCUUGCAUUGGAAUCAUAAGUGUUGGUUCUGAUUUUACUUAAUGUUACCCUUUUUAAGAACCUAAUAUCCUAGGGACUUAUAUUUUGGAUUUCAUGGUAGCUGUUAUUUUUAUGAAGAAAAUCACAAAGAAUGUUGCUAAA